UGGGUUAAACUGAUAUCCAGCAGUAAUCCUGGCUGUCUUUAAAAUAGCAAAGGCUACAUAUUACUUUUUCUUCACUUUUAAUUAUUUUGACAAGUGACUUUCCAGUUUCUCCAAAAGAUUUGUUUUUUAAAAUUGCAAAAUAGUUGACAUAAUAGUCUGCCAAAGCCUCCUGUCCAUUAUUCUAUGGAGUCAUUCUCUGCAAUAUGUGCUUAGGUCAUGUAGUUUUGAAUGUCACACGUCAUUCAAUGCUUUGAAUCUUGUCAGAGUAUAUAUCUAGUUUCCUUCAUUGCCUUUUUUAACUUAAACGCAGUGAGAGAGAGAAUCUCCCAUAUUUAAAUGCCUCAAAAUGCUGUUUUGUUACUACAGAAAAAAAUGCAUAACAAAUGUGUCACUGUCAAAGGAACAAAUUGAUAAAAAUAAGUCGUACCUCCAUCUCCAGAAGUUAAACUGUAGCUGCAAUUUUCCUCCCUUGUCUUCUUCAGCGGACCCAUUGGCUUUCAGCCAGCAGUGACCUUAAGUCUGUUGUAAAUUUGAGAACAACCUUUUGAAAAAAGAGGACUCGGGUUGUGAGACAAACACUUAUAGCCGUGUUGAUACUGUGUUUAAAGUGUGGGCUCAUGCUUCAGCAUGUAUGAAGGCACAAAACCUGUUCGGAACUGGUUCAUGUGCUGUAAUUUGGAGAAUAUUGCUGUGACCCCGAUUCUGUUUUGUUGACAUUUGGUAUUGCUGCUUCCAUCCAACCCAACGUUGAACGACGCUGCAAUGGACCUGCCGAGGGUGGAGUUGCAUUGGUGGUUGUCCAGAAAGGACGGACACUGAUACAAGCUCCUUCCCUUCAGGUGGUCUUAAAAUAAACCUUUUUAAAUCCAGCUAAAUAAAACAUCAACAAGUACUUCAGGGAAAUGCUGUAAUGUAGUACUUCAUUUAAUUUUUUACCCAGCCAUGUGUCAUGCAAUAGUUAUUGCUAUUGAAUUGCCUUGGCAUUCGUUUCUGUAGCCGUCCAGUGCUGCCGUUGGUCACAAAGGUUUUCUCCAACGCAGCAACAUUCACAUACCGAGCUGCUGAUGCAGCAAGCGGCAGGCUUUUCCGAUGCCAGAUGGAGAGACAGAAAACACAAAUAAAAACAAAGCUUUAGCUGUCUUAAAUGUACGUAACAUAGACGUAAAAGAUUAAAUUAAAUUAAAGUAUCUGCAGUGUUUGUGCAUGUUGGACUUGGAGGUUUCCCACAUACGUUCAAAGGGUUAGAAAGUUAAAGGGAAAUAUCCUGAGCAACAGCAGACAUUUAGAGAAUUGAAAUGUUCCGCUAAUGCAAAAAAUCUUGAUAGAUAUUUUGUUGGCCCAAAAAUCAAGCGGUGUUAAAAACAUUCCUAGGAUAGUUUUCACUGUUUUUUCUUCACUUCAAAAGGAAUUAGACUUCUUUAGUGAAUAAAAUGUACCCACAGGAAUAUUAAUUUCAUAUAUCUUUUGAUAUGAUUAAUACAACAUCGGCUAUGUUGUUACAUUUGUUUGGAUACAUCUGACGGGACUUUGGCUUGAUUCAUUCAGUACCAGAUUUUUUUUAAGUGCACUUUUGUCUAUGGCCCGGCUGUUAUGGAAGAGGAGAUAAGACCCUCUGCCAAGGCCUUUGAACCACACAGCUUCAAUGACUCAACUCACCUUUUAUUUUCCUUUUUGCAUUGAAACCGCCCAGUUUCUUUUCUUUCCCACAGCAACCAAUCAGUCCACUGCCAAUUUGUAGGGAUUUCUUUGAGCUUUCACGUGUGAUGUUCCGGCUUAACACCGGUCUGAUGUUGCAUCUUUUUGUUUUGCAUCGUAACCUGUCGCUGUUAUCUCACACUCCGUACUCAUUUGCAUGGCAGCCCUUUACCGAGCCAGCUGCCGCUGCCCUUUUUCUUCAUGUUGAAUUCUAAUGAUUACUUUCAAAGGAAAGCCGUCUCAAAAGCUCCUUUAUCAAGCGUUUGUACGUGAGGGAAGCAAGCCACUGUCCAGCACCCACUCAAGCUCCUCUUCUUCUGAACACUUCUGUUCUGCAAAAGGGAGCUUUUGCUAUUCGCAACCUGCUUUUUCAAGUUUGAAGAAAAAUAACUCAUGGAAGAAGAAGCUCCGCAGUGAUGCCAUGAGGUUGAUUCUGGUUAAACCAACCAAUAGAACCCGACGUCUUGAUUCAACAGGUGAAGGCUUUCGUGAUGGAGACCACGAGCAUUGUACCGCCGGCGGUCCAUCACCCAAGGCCAAAACUCCUGAAGGGAUGCGAGAUCGAUACUCGGUUACCUCUGUGGAAGCAUCUCGUUCCCAACAGGAGACAAGCCUGUGCUGUGUUUCAGCCUCGCCCCAUGGAACAUCUAAUGGAAUCAGUCCACCAAGCGAUUCAAUCCAAAUGUCGCCGAUGAAAACCAGAAACCUAACCUUAUCGCAGCUGAGCGAUCAGGACUGGCUCCUGCUCUGUGGCCAGGUGAGCAAUGUAGAAGACGAUUCACCGUCAGCUGAGACGGCAGGCUCCGGUGUGGGACAUCCAAACCACAAUGACAGGUGUGGUUGCUCCUGUCCUGAUGCACACCAACACCCAGGGGUUUCUAGUUUUCACCCUCAAUCAAAACAGGGCACCGUCCAGCAAGACUGCGUCUCCAGAGUUUCAAACGAGAGGACCCUUUUACCCACACCGCACACCCAGACCUUUUCACAAAGCACCCAAGCUUUGAGUACUUGUCAGGUUUUACCGCAGAAAACAAACCAAAGGGAUCUUUUCAAAACCCCAGCGAACCAUCCACAGGGUGAUUUCAUGCUCCAAUGCAGUGAUCAAGGUGAAAAGGAACUAUUCCAGCAACAGCCUUGCAAUCACUUUAAACUUCAGGACAGCAGCCAAGCGACUUUGUUCAAUAUUCCUCUGAACUCCAUUGAGUGUGUUGAGACGGAUCGGAAGCUCUACCAGCAUCCUCAGCCUGCUGUCCCGGCCGACUUCAACUGGAGAGAGCUUUUUGGCAAAGAACCACUGUUGGUUCAGCAACGUCAAAAACCAGACUCUCAGUGCUCGAUGAGCAGUGGUCAGACCUGCAAGUCGUCUGGGGAUCCCUCCCUCGUGCUCAAGUGUCGACAUCUCCCUUGCGACCCUUUAACCGGCACUAUGCGGGUACAGAGGUCGUCUACUCCAGCCAGUAACAAAAGUGUCCCGUCCUUCUCUGGCAGCCAGUAUAGCUCACUUGAGAACCAGGAUUUAGUGCCGAAGAGAGCUGGACAGCAACAAAGUCAGGCAAAAUCUCAGCGACUCAGUGAAUCAACACUCUCCCUGCCGAAACACACUCUGCAACAUUCAUCCAACUUAGAAACUGCCAACAUAGUCAACGGGUAUACAGUGAGACCGCUGAGCAGCCACGUGAAUUUAAGAUCCAGUCUUGCAAAUCCCCAGUCAGGUGAACAGCCCCCUCAGCUUCUUCACAGUGCCAUUCUAGAGGACGCCUUCUCCAAGGUCAUCAGGGAGGAUUCCAGUAAGGCCAGCAGUGAGAAUCAAACCAGAGAGGAAGGCAGCGUACUGCAGAAGAAGACCAAGGACAUUAGCUACCGACUGGGCCAGAGAAAAGCUCUCUAUGGGAAGCGCAAACAGCUGAGUGACUACGCCUUGGUCUGCGGGAUGUUUGGCAUUAUCGUGAUGGUGAUCGAGACUGAGUUGUCGAGGGGAUUUUACAGCAAGGAAUCCAUGUGCUCAUAUGUUCUGAAAGGCCUAAUCAGCCUCUCCACAGCUGUCCUCCUUGGGCUCAUUGUCAUGUACCAUGCAAGGGAAAUCCAGCUCUUCAUGGUGGACAACGGAGCAGACGAUUGGAGGAUAGCGAUGACCUUUGAGCGCAUUCUCUUCGUUGCCUUUGAGCUCCUUAUCUGUGCCAUCCAUCCGAUCCCGCGUCAGUAUGUGUUCACCUGGACGGCUCGACUGGCCUUCAGCUACACGGCAUCAGUGGCGGACGCUGACAUUGACAUCAUCCUCUCUGUGCCGAUGUUCCUGCGCCUCUACCUCAUCGGCCGGGUCAUGCUGCUCCACAGCAAACUGUUCACGGACGCUUCCUCGCGCAGCAUCGGGGCGCUCAACAAGAUCAGCUUUGACACUCGUUUUGUCAUGAAGACUCUUAUGACCAUCUGUCCUGGCACAGUCCUGCUGGUCUUCAGUGUGUCCUGUUGGAUCAUCGCAGCAUGGACCGUGCGUGUGUGUGAGAGGUACCACGAUGCAAAGGAGGUGACCAGUACUUUCCUUGGAGCAAUGUGGCUGAUCUCCAUCACCUUCCUUUCCAUUGGCUACGGCGAUAUGGUCCCACACACAUACUGCGGGAAGGGGGUUUGUCUGCUGACAGGAAUCAUGGGAGCGGGCUGCACAGCAUUAGUGGUCGCUGUUGUUGCAAGGAAGUCUGAACUCACCAGAGCCGAAAAGCACGUCCAUAACUUCAUGAUGGACACUCAACUCUACAAAAAGGUAAAAAACACAGCAGCCAAUGUGUUAAGGGAGACGUGGCUCAUCUACAAAAACACUAAGCUGGUCAAGAAAAUUGACCAUGCUAGAGUGCGCCACCAUCAGCGGAAAUUUCUGCAGGCCAUCCACCAACUGCGAAGAGUCAAAAUGGAGCAAAGGAAACUAGCUGAUCAGGCCAAUACAGUUGCUGACCUUGCCAAGACUCAGAACAUGAUGUAUGAUCUGGUGUUGGAGCUCCAACAUCGCAGUGAGCAGUUGGACAGGAGGAUCGUAGCUCUGGAAGAGAAACUGGACUCCAUCCUUCGCGACGUGCAGUCGCUGCCUGUUGUGCUUUCUCAAGCAAUAACAAAGCUACAGAAGGAUUUCCUGGACGACUUGGCCUGUCGCGUCCACUUCCUGUCAUCCUCGCUGAGCUCUGAGUGCUGUUCAGUCCCUGCCAGGCAGCUCCCUCAAGGACCCACAACACCAGGGACACCAUACAGCUCAGAGGCCUGACACUGUAGUCUUCUCUUUAGUCUGCAACUUUUUUCCUGCUGAGAAUGAUUUCCUCCACAUGCACACUCCUGUUUAAGUAGCGUCCUGCAACAAUUUAAUUCAGUUACACACGUUCACCCCUGGGAGCUACAGCUACCGAUGAAAAGGGAAGUGCCUCAGGCAGAGGAUUCUAGAGGAAGGGGAGAGCAGUAUUCCUUCAUUUCCUUCCCAAAGUUCACAGUCGGUCCAGGCACUGGGUAUUCACCUACGGUUUGAGGCACAUCAGUCCCGCUUUUUUCUUAAAAAUUAGUAAACUAUGGCUGUAUGGGGAAUUAGAAUGUAAUUGUCAACAUAAUAUGUUAUAUGUUAUGUGAUUAAAAUAGUGUAUGUUAUACAGUCUAAUUGAGUCAAUUCCAAGGUUCUUUAAAUAUAAUUUAAUAACCAAUUAUUGUUCAACUUAAAUGUGGGCUGCUUCCUCUCAUGAACUGGUUAUGAAAAAUAUGAGAACGGUUUCCCAUCA